UUCGCCACUAACUUCCGGUUGCGAUCAGAUCGUAAAAAUGGCGCAAGGUAAACAAAAACUUAAAGCGCAGCGACCCGGAUUAGCGAAAAAACAACAUACAAAGACAAAAGGACUCAAGAAGGGAGGCAGGAUUAUCGCACCCAAAAAAGCUCGUAUUGUCCAACAACAGAAACUCCAGAAGGAUUUGGAUGUGGCUAUUAGAAAUAAGAUCGAACACGAGGUCACACAGAAAGCCAGCACAAAUCUACACAAGAAACUGAGUGUGUUGAAAACUCCAGGAAGGAGGACUGGACCAGCCGGACCCCCAAAUCCUGGAUCAUCUGCUUCUGGAUCAUCCAAAUGACCUGUUUAUUUGAAAAACGUCGUUUACUGUAUGGCCGCUAGGUGGCGGUAGAGGCCAUAGAAUGAAGACUAAAAACCUCAACCUGGAUUCAACGGGACAUUAGUCUUUGAAAGCGGACUCGUAUAUUUAUCAUGAUCUUGGAAACUGUGCAGCUAUUGUGCUUCUAGUAUAUCCUCUAUAUAUAGAAUAAAAUCAGAUCUGAUUGUCAUCUUACAUAUUAUUGAUUUACGUUAUACACCACAUUUAACAUGUUUUGCUCUUUUAGAGGCUUUUAUCAUGUUUUUUUGGGGUGUUUAACAAUGGAUGUUCAUGUUUCUAAUAAAAAAAUAAAUAGGCUUUAUAUUUCACAUAUUUUAA